GUGGGCGGUGCGGACGGAAGCCGGAAGCGGGAGAGCGGGGCUGUGGCGGGGACGCUGUGGGCUGCGGCCGGUGGACCCGGCGAUGGCGGAGAAGUUCGACCACCUGGAGGAGCAUCUGGAGAAGUUCGUGGAGAACAUCCGGCAGCUCGGCAUCAUCGUCAGCGACUUCCAGCCCAGCAGCCAGGCGGGGCUCAGCCAGAAGCUGAACUUCAUUGUUACGGGCUUGCAGGACAUAGAUAAGUGCAGGCAGCAGCUCCAUGAUAUCACGGUGCCGCUGGAAGUUUUUGAGUACAUAGAUCAAGGUCGAAACCCCCAGCUCUACACUAAAGAGUGCCUGGAGAGGGCUCUAGCCAAAAACGAGCAAGUUAAGGGCAAGAUCGACACAAUGAAGAAGUUUAAAAGCUUGCUGAUUCAAGAACUUUCUAAAGUAUUUCCAGAAGACAUGGCUGAGUAUCGGAGCAUCCGGGGGGAGGGGCACCCGCCUUCCUAGUGUGCAAAGACCCCACAUUUUGUCAGUAGCUGUGACGGAUCCAGCGAGGAGCUGAACCUGUCAGUGCCGAAGCUGCCUUCCAGCGAUGCGAACUGGCCUACCCCCACCUCCUCUUCCUGUCAUUUGACCUGUGGGACUCAGGCUGGGGAAGGCGUGGAGCUGUGCCCCAGCCGUCCCUACAGCUUUCGGAGCAUAGCCUCGGGGUGAUUCUAUUCAUUCUGUGGGAAAAUGGGGCAGGAAAACAGUCCUAGAAAUACUAAAUAUGAUUCGUAUUGACAUUUUCUUUUUAUGUGCUCUUUCUGUUUUAUUAUAGUACUAGAAAGCUAAAAUCCUUUUAUAUUUUGCGUUUCCAAACGUAGUGCAUAAAAAAAUGUGUAACUGUUUUCAUGAGUUUCAACAGACAUAAUAAAGACUUAUGUAUUUAUAUGGCUCA